AACGCUUUGCGAAGUAGACGUGUGUGUUGUGUGUAGUGAGAAGAAAAUAUUUAAUAUUUCACAUUAAUAUUUUUCUCUAUAUAAUUUUAAUUAAUAUUGUGUAAACUAAAAUAUAAAAAUUAAAGAAAAAGUGUGUUUUCCCUAAAACAAUUAGAUAAUAGACCACACAAAUUUGCAUUGUUUAUUUCAUAACAAUCUUUAAGCAGAAAAAAGUGGGUGCUCCGCUGGACAACUACAAGAAAAAAAGUACACAACUAAUAAAUUUUCAUUGUGUUUGCAGUUGUUCUAAAAGAAAACAGCAUAUUGUUAACAAAAAAAUAUUUGAUUGUUAUUUAUAGCUUUAAAAGCCAAUAAAAUUAAACAAAUGUAUUUUUAUAUAUAAAAAAACAAAUUGUGUUAAAAUACAAUAUAAUAAGUACCCCAUACAAAUAGUUUUCUUUUUCUGGUGAAAAAAAAAGAAACCAAUAAGAAACAAGUUGCUUGCCAGCAAUAUGUGGCAUAAUUUAGUAGCCGUGCUGCUGCUAGCAAUUAUUCUAACAACAAAUGUAAAUGCUGAUUCCUACAGCGAUUACUUUUCGGAUUAUGAAUGCAACACACCGUUAAUGGAGAGAGCCGUGCUAACGGCUACCUCUGCACUCAAUGAUCGUGGUCCCGAAAAAGCUCGUUUAAAUGCUGGUACAUCGUGGUCUGCUAAACAUUCGGAUUUUGAUCAACGUUUAAUAAUCGAUUUGGGUAGUGUUAAAAAUGUAACACAUAUUGCUCUGCAGGGAAGACCACAUAGUAAUGAGUUUGUUACAGAAUAUGCCAUAAGUUAUGGUAUAACAGAUUUAGAAUUUGCCGAUUAUAAAGAACCGGGUGGCAAUAUAAAGGUAAUUCGGCAUGGACACCUGUUGAAAAUACUUACAAUCACUUUUUAACCAUUGAUUUGGGUUAUAAAAGCACUACCCGUAAAAUUGCCACUAUGGGACGUCCACUAACCAAUGAAUAUGUUACCGAAUAUAUUGUACAAUAUUCUGAUGAUGGUGAAUAUUGGCGUUCCUAUGUUAAUCCAUCUAGUGAG